CAAUGCUUGCCGGGAGAUGUAGUCUCCUACCUGUUUCGCUGCUGCUACUGUCCCUCUUUCUCAGCGCUGCCGCCUGCUACUAGAUCCGGGCACCACGGAGCAGGAAAUCGGGCUGGCGGCGGCGGCUGCUGCUGUUGUUGUUCCCCCAGGUGAAGCACUUUAACCACUACAGAUCAACAUGGUCCCACACAUACAGUGACCCGCUCUUCUCUUUCUUGGGCAGACCAGCUUCGGCCACGAUGCAACAGACAUUAGAGGUGGCACUGGAUCGGGCUGAGUAUAUCAUUGAGAGUGCCAGACAAAGACCCCCAAAACGCAAGCAUACAUCCGGAGGCCGAAAAUCUGUGUUCCACAAGCUCUAUGACCUGUAUAUAGAAGAAUGUGAAAAGGAACCGGAAGUUAAGAAAUUAAGGCGAAAUGUGAAUCUUUUGGAGAAGCUGGUACUGCAGGAGUCUCUGUCAUGCUUAGUGGUGAACCUGUAUCCUGGGAAUGAGGGCUACUCGCUGAUGCUUCGGGGCAAGAACGGAUCAGAUUCUGAAACCAUCCGGCUGCCUUAUGAUGAAGGGGAGUUGCUGGAAUAUAUAGACGCAGAGGAAUUGCCACCAAUUUUAGUAGAUCUUCUGGAAAAAUCGCAGGUAAAUAUCUUCCAUUGUGGGUGUGUAAUUGCUGAAGUACGUGACUACCGGCAGUCUGGCAAUUUAAAGUCACCAACAUAUCAGACAAGGCAUGUUCUUCUGCGUCCAACAAUGCAGACGCUAGUCUCUGACAUACAUGCCAUCACCAGUGACAAUCACAAGUGGACACAGGAAGACAAGUUACUGUUAGAGAGUCAGCUUAUCCUGGCAACUGCGGAACCUUUAUGCCUUGAUCCGUCAAUAUCCGUAGCCUGCACCACAAAUCGGCUGAUGUUCAACAAGCAGAAGAUGAACACGUGCCCCAUGAAACGAUGUAUGAAGCGUUACUCCAGGCCAGCCCUGAACAGGCAGCAGGAAUUAUCCAAUUGCCCGAUACCGCCACAGCUUAAACUUCUGGACUAUCUACAUAAAAGAAAGGAAAGAAAAUACGCGCAACCUCACUUCGACCUAAAAAUAUCCAAAACUGGAAAUUGUGUGGACAUAUGGAAACAAAACCCUUGCUUGCUAGCCGUACCCUCUGAAGUGGAUGUUGAAAAAUAUGCGAAAGUGGAAAAAUCUAUCAAACUUGAUGACUCGCAACCUACUGUCUGGCCAGCAGAUGAAUCACAAGACGAUUAUCUCUUUGAAUGUGAAAAUGGCACCCCCUUCCAGAAGUCAAAACUGACCAUUUACCAGAAUGUAGGCAAUCCUUUGUACUUCGGUAAAAUGCAGACUGCAAAAGCUGAUGAAGAUGAUAACUUCUACAGCCCUCACUCCCAAUUUCUUAUUGGAUCUAAAAUUGAUAUUGAUCGAGUUGUCAGCCAGUAUCACGAUCUAUUUGAAAACGAGUCCAAAGGAUUGGUGAAGAUGACUUACAAUGCCGGAGGAGUGACCAACCAAAAUCCCUUUUCCCCAGGCAAGGAUAUCGAGUCGGACAGCAUCUCAGGAUCUAUCCAGCCCUCUAUGCUGGGGAAAGGUGUUAAGCACAGGCCAUCUCCAAUCAAACCUCCUAUAAGCUCUGGGAAUGCUUCUGCAGGUAGUAUUUUUAGUCCCCAGCAGCCAAGUGGCCACCUCAAAUCCACAACACCUCCACCAUCUAAACCUCCCAGCAUCUCACGGAAACAGUCUGUGGACCUUAACCAAGUCAGCAUGCUCUCCCCAUCAGCAAUGUCACCUGCAAGUUCUUCACAAAGAUCCGGAACUCCCAAACCAUCUACUCCUACACCAACCAACACCCCUUCAUCGACACCGCACCCACCCGAUGUUUCGACCUCCGCUCCUCACACUCCUUCUGUAACCCCCACACCCCAAGAUUCAAGCUUUAAUUCACAAGCUACUUUGAUAGCUCCGUUUGCUCAGCAGCAAAUGUCUCUGAGUCAGGGGUUACCUGUAAUGACCAUUCCACUGUCUACCAUGGUAACAUCUAUAACUACUGGGACUGCCGCUACCCAAGUAAUGACAAAUCCUGCAGGACUUAAUAUCAUCAAUGUAGUUGGAUGUGGCGCACAGGCUUUGAUGAGUGGCUCCAAUGCCAUGUUGGGGUGUAGUUCUGGUGCCAUAACUCCUGCAGGGAUAAAUCUGAGUGGCAUUUUACCAUCAGGAAGCCUGGUGCCAGGCACAAUGCCGGCUGCCAUGCAGUCUGCCUCUCAGGCAGGUUCUCCCUUUGGUAUAAAAAAUACUUCCAGUUUGAGACCUUUAAACCUGCUACAGCUUCCUGGUGCUUCACUCAUAUUCAACCCAAUGCAGCAACAACAGCCUCAGCUAUCCCAGUAUUCACCUCAGCAGUCCCAACAGACAGCGACUUCCAGUCCGCAGCAACAAGACCAGCUGGGACUGUUACCAUCGGGAAUGGAGCAAGGAUCGAACAGUCAGGAGCAAACAUUAUCUUCACAGCAAGCAGCUGUCAUUAACUUGACAGGAGUAGGUGGUUUCAUGCCUCAGCAGGCAGCUGUUUUAUCACCACUCGGCUCUGCUGCGAACAGACCCGGGCACAAACUUCCACACCCGAACCUGCAGCUCUCUCCUGCCUUACAACUGCAGCAACAGCAAGCCACGCAGCAGCACAUACAAUUGCAAUUCUUGCAACACCAAAUGGCUAUGGCAGCACCUCAAACCCCGCUACAGCACCCGCCUCAUUCAGACAGCCAAUCAAGAAAUAAACGAAGAGGACACUUCACCAUGAGUCCAAAAACCUGAGAUCAGCCCAUUCAUAUCCACCAGUGACUAGGAAAAGAACCCGAACAACCCAUCUGCCAACAAAUGCUUGUCUGCUAUAGUUUUAAAGGUUAUAACUACAUCACUAAAGUCUAUGAAGCAUUGUGAUAAGAUGACUUAAUUGAAGCCAUUGAAUUAUAUUUAAAAAAAAAAGGUGAUGAUAGCUAUUUCACACAGGAGAACAUUUUAAAAUGGUUUUAAAGGUACAACUAACAAAAAAAAAAAAGACUGACACUACGAUUGUAUAGAGAACACUUUACUUGUAGCAAAGGGAUUGUUUUAUUUAGUAUAAAAAAAGGUGCGCAUCACUAUAACAAAUACAGCUUUUUACAUGUUCAUAAAAGAAAAAGAAAAAAAAACUUUAUUUGGUCUCAACACUGAGCAGAACUUCGUCCAGCAGAGUCUGCACCUCUUUGUGUCUGGUGACUGCUCGACUGAUACAGUCCUGAAGUUUCUCUGCUGAAAGGGCGCUCCCACCUGUUUGAUGAGAAAACAACACAUAACCAGCUCUUCCUACAGACCGAGCAGAAAUCAGGAGGAAACUGCCCUAAAUAGGGGUCUUGUUUUAAUACAAGUUUGUAGAUAAGUAAUGGUUUCAUUGUUAGGCAUGAGCCAAGGGCCACACCUGUACAGAGCACAUGGGGAACAGCCUAAUACUGGUGAGAUCUCCCCAGGUAAUCUAUCACUUGCAGAGAAACAGCUGGUAAUUCUCCUAUUUGUGUUAUCUUCGCUCACAAGCAAAAUGUCACAGAUGUGGGAUAGAUGACCGUUUAAUAGUACAUAAUGUGAGCACAAUCUGCCUUUUAUUAGAUCAACUUGAAAACUAGUGGCUAAUGCUAUGAGUUGUUGCUUAAUUAAAACGACAGGUAUUUACGUACACGUGUGUGAGCAAGUUUAUACAGACUAGAGAACAUCAGACACUGAUAAGAUCUAGGCUACUAAAGCUAGGUACACACUAUACAAUUAUUGGUCCGAUUUGCCAAUAAUUGGAAGAAUGACCAAAGUUAUUGUAUAGUGUGUACGAACGAUCGUGACGGCGUUUCGCCGAUAAUUCAGGAAAAUCUUGCCCUCACACACGAACAAUCGAUUUUCCAGUCUAUCGUCCCAAACCAAAAAUAUCUGCCACAAUCUUCAGAUAUUGAGCAGAGUGUGUGCGCUCUCUCAAAAAUCUGCCCAUAUUUCCUAUGUUUUCCUCUCACUACAUCAGCCUCCUUGUGGGCGGACAUAUACAAAUGCAGUGUGACGUGACAGAAAAGUGGUAACUUUACAAAUAAAAUCUUUUAGUGCGUAGCUGAUAUAUAUAUUGGUGCCUACAAUUUCCCGAAAAAUUGUCAGAUUGUCAGGCCGACCAAAACAAAUCUGACAGUGUGUACCUAGCUUUAGCCAAAUAUGGGCAAUAAUGGUUACAGCCUAAUUUCCCCAUCAUAAUGUGAGUGUCCUGUAUGAUGUGAUUCAUAUAAAGGUAAUCUCUGCAAGGGUGAAACAGAGCAGUGCUACCUUGUCAUUAGGCAACGGUUUAAAAGGUAUUUGAAAAUAGCUGUAUAGUGGACGCUACUGUAUCUUGAUCACACAUUGGGCCUGAUUCUGAGUUACAGACAAUGCCAAAUACAGCUACAUGUCAUGAUUUGUAGCAAUGGUGCAUGCGUUGUGGCCUACAUAUACAACUUAGAUCAUAUACGCUUGAUUUUGAAUCAGAUGCAUCUCAGCCACUUUUUGCCAAUGGAUAAAUUGGCAUAUUGACAUGUCAUGGGCGCAUAGACAGAGUUGCACAUUUGCAGCGUUCAUGCCGGUUACAGGCGGAUUCAGUAGGAUUUCCCGACAGUCGGGAUCCCGGUGUUCAAAAGACAAUCCCAACAGUCAAAAUCCUGACAUCGAGCACAACGUGUCCACUCGCCAUGCUUCGGGCUUGGUGACAAGCGCUCACCACCCUAUUAUAUUAUCCCUCGGAUCGUGGCAUGGACCACCACCCUAGUGUGAAGGGGGGGGGGCAGAUAUAACAUGUGCAGUGAGAGUUAGAUUUGGGUGGGGUGUGUUCAAACGGAAAUCUCUAAAUUGCAGUGUAAUAAUAAAGCAGCCAGUAUUUACCCUGCACAGAAACAAAAUAACCCACCCAAAUCUAACUCUCUCUGCACAUGUUAUAUCUGCGCCUUUCUUUCAGGCUAUGAGGAAAAAUUCAUGUUAAGUGAACCUUCUGUGCGGGGUAGUGGCCAUAACUGAACAGCUCAGGGCAGAGCUGCAGCCACGCAAUAAGCACGGCGGCUAACUGAAUUUACCCCAUUAUACAGACAGAGAUUGUACACAAGGUGAUGUAUACACCGAGGCAAAUCCAUGUAUGGGUGACUGAAGUUAGUAAUGCCCAGCAUUGCCAUAAAUAAAUGGUUAACUCCCCCAAACUGUCCAAUCUACUGUAUGAAACAUUUAUUUUAAAUCCAAGUAAUUGUACUGUGCUGAGGAAAUGGCUGCUUUUCCCAUUUAUUCGAACAGACAACAUAUUUCUAUAUUUUUAUUGAGCAUACGAAGCCCAUUUAAAUGAAUUGCCAACAAAAAUGAACGGGAAAAAAAACCCUCAGCCAAUCAAAAGCAAUGCAUCAUGCUGGUCACUUGUAAUAGGCCGAGCAGCUACUAGCUUCCAGUCCAGUUAAAGCAAUGACAAACUAUCAUGAAUAUCUUGCAGUGAGCCUUGACAUUCAGGGCGUGUAAAUUCACAAUGAUUUCAUUUUUUUUUUUUCUUAAAUAAAAUAUACAUAUUAAUUUUA